GUUCUCUCAGACCCGUUAGUCACCUCCCUGGAUCACAGUAGAGAAAGAAGAAGAAGAAAACAUGUCAGGACACAAAUGCAGUUAUCCCUGGGACUUACAGGAUCGAUAUACUCAAGAUAAGUCAGUAGUAAAUAAGAUGCAGCAGAAGUAUUGGGAAACGAAGCAGGCCUUUAUUAAAGCCACAGGGAAGAAGGAAGAUGAGCAUGUCGUUGCCUCUGAUGCAGACCUGGAUGCCAAGCUGGAGCUGUUUCAUUCAAUUCAGAGAACCUGUUUGGACUUGUCUAAAGCAAUCGUACUCUAUCAAAAGAGAAUAUGUUUCUUGUCUCAAGAAGAAAACGAACUGGGAAAAUUUCUCCGAUCCCAAGGCUUCCAAGAUAAAACCAGAGCAGGAAAGAUGAUGCAAGCAACAGGAAAGGCUCUCUGCUUUUCUUCCCAGCAAAGGUUGGCCUUGAGAAAUCCUUUGUGUCGAUUUCACCAAGAAGUGGAGACUUUUCGGCACCGGGCCAUCUCAGACACUUGGCUGACGGUGAAUCGCAUGGAGCAGUGCCGGACUGAAUACAGAGGGGCAUUAUUAUGGAUGAAGGAUGUGUCACAGGAGCUUGAUCCAGACCUCUACAAGCAAAUGGAGAAGUUCAGGAAGGUACAAACACAAGUACGCCUUGCCAAAAAAAGCUUUGACAAAUUGAAGAUGGAUGUGUGUCAGAAAGUGGAUCUUCUUGGAGCAAGCCGAUGCAAUCUGUUGUCUCAUAUGCUAGCAACGUACCAGACCACCCUGCUUCAUUUUUGGGAGAAAACUUCUCACACUAUGGCAGCCAUCCACGAGAGCUUCAAAGGUUAUCAACCAUAUGAAUUCACUACAUUAAAGAGCUUACAAGACCCUAUGAAAAAACUGAUUGAGAAAGAAGAAAGGAAGAUCACCCAGCAGGAAAGUGCAGAGGCCACCGUGGAGGAGCCGAGGCAGUUAAUUUCAUUAGAGGAUGAAAACCAGCACAAGGAGUCUUCUAGUUUUAAGACUGAAGAUGGAAAAAGCGUUUUAUCUGCCUCAGACAAAAGCUCUACACAUAAUGCAUGCUCAGAUGAACUAUUAGACAUGAAACCCGAAGAAGGUGCUUGCCUGGGCCCAACGGCAGGGACCCCAGAACCUGAAGGUGCUGACAAGGAUGACCUGCUGCUGUUGAGUGAGAUCUUCAAUGCUUCCUCCUUGGACGAGGGGGAGUUCAGCAAGGAGUGGGCUGCUGUGUUUGGAGACGACCGGCUGAAGGAGCCAGCGCCUGCUGUGGCCCCAGGAGAGCCAGACCCCAGGCCCCAGACAGGCUCAGGAUUCCUUCCUUCACAGCUUUUAGACCAAAACAUGAAAGACUUACAGGCCUCACUACAAGAGCCUGUGAAGGCUGCCUCGGACCUGACUGCCUGGUUCAGCCUCUUUGCCGACCUCGACCCAUUAUCAAAUCCUGACGCUGUUGGGAAAACCGAUAAAGAACACGAAUUGCUCAAUGCAUGAGUCUGCAGCCUCAUGGUGGGAGCCCACGUGCCACUCCUCGGUCACACCCCUGGGGGCACGCAGACGUAUGAAGUGAUCAGUAUGCUGUUUUAAUAUUUACGUGCCAUUUUAAUAAAAUGAGAGGGU